GACUGGAUGAGACAGAGACCACACCCAAACACUUAUCUUUAGAGCACCACCUCGGCAAUGGCCGCCGCUUUCUCCUCCUCCUCCUCCUCCUCGUCGCCGUCCACCGCGGCAUCCGCCCACCACCCCUUCCCUUUCCCGGCCGCUCCAAGCCCGCCCAUAGCCCACCGCCUCCGCCUCGGCAUCCGCCUGGCCGCCUCCUCCAGGUGGGUGAGCCGCGGCAGGGCGCCGCCGGAGCGCGGCGCCGGCGCGGGCAACUCCAUAUGGGUCAACCCGGCCGCCCCGUCCCGGCCCGGCCAGGCCGGCCAGAAGCUGCGCCGCCUGGUCCAGCUCGGGGACCUCGACUCCGCGCUCCGCCUCCUCGGCGCCUCCUCCCCCGACGCGCCGGCCGUCGUCGCCUGCAACAUCCUCAUCAAGAAGCUCUGCGCGCAGCGCCGCCUCGCCGACGCGGAGCGCGUGCUCGACGCGCUCAAGGCGGCCGGCGCGGCGGACCCCGUCUCCCACAACACCCUCGUCGCCGGCUACUGCCGCGACGGCCGGCUGGCGGACGCCGAGCGCGCCCUCGCCGCGGCGGCCCGCUCCGGGGCCGCCAACGUCGUCACCUACACCACGCUCAUCAACGGCUACUGCCGCUCCGGCAGGCUCGCCGACGCGCUCGCCCUCAUCGCCUCCAUGCCCGUCGCGCCGGACACCUACACCUACAACACCGUGCUCAUGGGCCUCUGCGGCGCCCGCCAGUGGGAGGACGCCGAGGAGCUCAUGGCCGAGAUGGUCAGCAACCAUUGCCCCCCGAACGAGGUGACGUUCGCCACGCAGAUCCGCGCUUUCUGCCAGAACGGGCUGCUCGACCGCGCCCUUCAGCUGCUCGACCGAAUGCCCGGGUAUGGAUGCACGCCUGACGUUGUCAUCUACAGCACCCUGGUGAAUGGGUUCUCGGAGCAAGGGCGUGUGGACGACGCCAUCGAGCUGCUCAACGGCAUGCUCUGCAAGCCCAACACUGUUUGUUACAAUGCCGCGCUGAAAGGUUUGUGCAUCGCUCAGCGUUGGGAGGAUGUCGGAGAGCUCAUUGUUGCAAUGGUUAGGAAAGAUUGCCUGCCAAAUGAAGCGACAUUCAGCAUGCUAACCAGUUGCUUGUGCCAGAAUGGGCUAGUUGACUGUGCAAUGGAAGUCCUCGAGCAGAUGCACAAGUAUGGAUGCAGACCCGAUGUUGUCAUUUACAACACGCUGAUCUAUUCCUUUUCGGAACAAGGGCGUGUGGAGGACGCGCUCAAGUUACUAAACAGCAUGCCGUGCAGUCCUGACGUCAUUAGCUUUAAUGCCGCGUUGAAGGGUUUAUGCAGAGCUGAGCGGUGGGAUGAUGCCGAGGAGCUUAUAGGGCAGAUGCUUAGGGAGGAUUGUCCCCUAAUUGAAAUGACUUUCAAUAUACUCAUUGAUUCGUUGUGCCAGAGUGGCCGCGUAAACUACGCAAUUGAAGUGUUUGAGCAAAUGCCAAACUUUGGAUGUACACCUGAUAUUGUCACAUACAGUAGCCUUAUUAAUGGUCUUUCUGAACAAGGGCUUGUGGAAUCGGCCAUUGAGUUGUUUCAGAGCAUGCCAUGUAAGCCAGAUAUCUUUGGCUACAAUGCUGUGCUGAAGGGUUUGUGCAGAGCUGCGCGAUGGGAGGAUGCUGGGGAGCUUAUAUCUAAGAUGGCUAGAAAGGAUUGCCCCCCAAAUGAAAUCACAUUCAAUAUACUAAUUAAUUCCCUGUGCCAAAAAAGGCUUGUUGAUCGUGCAAUUGAGGUGUUCGAGCAAAUGCCAAAGUACGGAAGUACACCUGAUAUUUUCACAUACAAUGCCCUUAUCAAUGGCUUUUCUGAACAAGGCCGUCUGGAUGAUGCCCGCAAGAUAUUAAGCACUAUGUCAUGCAAGCCCGAUGCCGUUUCCUAUAAUUCUGCAUUGAAGGGUUUAUGUAGAGCUGAACGAUGGAAGGAAGCAGAGGAAGUUGUGGCUGAGAUGCUUAGAAAGAAGUGCCCUCCAAAUGAAGUAACAUUCAAGUAUGCUAAUCGAUUAUUUGUACCAAACAGGGUAACUUGAGUCAACCUUUUGAAUCUCUUCACAAAAUGCCAAUUAUGAAGUUAUGCUUUGCCAUAUACACUGCCCCUGCCAAAGGUGAUUUUGUAAGCAAGAGCCUGAAGGAUGCCCUGAGUUAUGAAUCAGUGCACUUGUGCAUGCCUGCCACGGUCUGCUCUUGUGCUCCAUCAAAGGAUUUGUGUACACAUGAGCAACAGGAUAAUGCCAGAGUUUCUGGUUGAGCUCAGUAACGAGAGGAUAGUCCAAAUAAGGCCUCUUUUGGUUAGGCCGGGAUCAUGGCCCAUUCCAUGCUAGCGACAGAAAAGUGCGGGGUAGGCAACCGGAUGCGACGGGGCCACGACGGAGGCCUACAUCUCUCUGUCAAACUUCCAUUUCUCCUCUUCCCGCAACUUGCACAACCGAACUGAGAAGACUGUGCUGCCACCUACUUCUCUCCGGCCAUGACGACAAUGAUGACUUUGUUCUCUCCUGUAAGGCUCUUCUCAUCUGUUUGAUUCACAUACUUCUGAGUAAUUUUGAAAAUCCAUGGUUUCAUUCAUAUCUGGGUGAUUCUGUUUACGUACCUUUUCCAUGGGAAUUCUGGAUGAUGUGUAUGUGUUACAAUCCAAAUAGCUGCUCGGUCAGCUUCUGAAGAUGGGAAGUUCAGAGUUCAAGCAAACAAAGUGCUGCGCUACAGGGUUUGUGCAGAGCUGCGCGAUGGGAGGAAGCAGAUAUCUAAGAUGGCUAGAAUGGAUUGUCCCCCAAUGAAGUCACAUCAAUAUAUUACUAAUCAAUUCCUUGUGCCAAAAAGGACUUGUCGAUCGUGCAAUCGAGGUGUUCGAGCAAAUGCCAAAGUAUGGAAGUACACCUAAUAUUUUCACAUACAAUGCCCUUAUCAAUGGCUUUUCUGAACAAGGCCGUACGGAUGAUACCCGCAAGUUAUUAAGCACUAUAUCGUGCAAGCCUGGUGCCGUUUCCUGUAAUUCUACAUUGAAGGGUUCAUGUAGAGCUGAACGAUGGAAGGAGAAGCAGAGGAUGUUGUGGCUGAGAUGCUUAGAAAGAAGUGCCCUCUAAAGGAAGUAACAUUCAAUUAUGCUAAUCAAUUGUUACCGAACAGGUUAACUUGAGUCAACCUUUGAAAUUUCUUUAAGACAAUGCCAAUAAUAUGAAGUUAUGCUUGGUCAAUCUACAUUGCCCCUGUGUAAGGUGCUUUUGUAAGCUAGAGUCUGAAGGAUGCCCAAUCAGUGCACUUGUGCAGGCCUGCCACAGUCCGCUCUUAUGCUUCAUCAAAGGAUUUGUGUAGAAAUGAUCAACAUGUAAAUGCCGGAGUUUCUUGUUGAGAUCAGCGUUGAGAGGGUAAUCCAAAUAAGGUCUCUUUUGGUUAGGCUGGUUAUAGCCAGGAUCAUGGCCUGAUCCAUGCCAGUGACAGAAAAUGUGAUGUAGGCAACUCCGCAACUGGAGGCGACGGGGGCAGAAUCGACAGAGCCUACACCUCUCUGGCAAAAUUUUAAUUUCUCCUCUUCCCACAACUUGCACAACUGAAGUGAGAUGACUGCCGUCACCUACUUCUCACCGCACAUGACCUCCGGUGGCAACGACAACGGUGGCUUGGUUCUCUCCUAUAUUGCAACUACUACUAGUCGGAGGCAGCUUCUUGAUUAAGGAAUGUACUAUAUUUUGUUGUAAGGAGAAAAGUCAGUUGCAACAAAGAAUUAUUUGAUUUUCUGUCAGUUACCAAGUGAUCUCAGAUGUUUUGUUCUGUCUGAAAUGGUUGAAAAAAAUUAAAAAGCAUUGUAAUCCAUGGUUUCCUUCAUAUCUGGGUAAUUCUUCUCAUGCGCCAUCUCCACGGGAAUUCUGGAUCUGUAUGUGUUACAAUCCAAAUACCUGCUUGGUCAGCUUCUGAAGAUGGGAAGUUCAGAGUUCAAGCAAACAAAGUGGAUCUUGUUUCCAUGGCCUAAACAUGCCAGCUCCGACCGUUGAGGCUUUAACCAGUAAUUUGCAAGAGUGCCCACCAAGGAAAACACCUUAUUAAAUACAGGUAUGUCACAGCUAAAUGUUAGGUUAGCGAUCCAUUAAGUAAUGGCAUGGGCGUGCAACUGUGCCAAGAUCCACCGUCAGACUAAACCACAUUUUUUUGAGUGGUUCUUGCUGCCAAUUGCUGGAACAUGAUAAUGUGAUGACUCAUCUCAAGGACGGUAGGCACAGAAAACAAUGUACUAAACAUGAGAAGACUUUAGUGCUGCGAUCUCUAUGCGUCUGCCAGAUCUUGAGGCAUAGCAGAUAGCAUGUGGGAGAUGUACUGGCAUGAUUCUUCAUGUCUACCAAUCAGAUACCACAACACAGCUGUACACAUCUUCUGUAUAAAUAGGUGGCAGCAGAAUGGGUAGAUACAUCAAACAAGAAGCUCUUAUUUUCUGCUUCUCCUCCUCUCAUUAACCACUAGACAGCGAAAAGCUUCAAGCUCAGAUAUGGCUUUCCACCAAAGAUCGAUUAGUUUGCCUUCUAGGCCUCACGUCAGUGAGACUGAAGUCGAGGAAGAGCUCCACCUCCUAGAAGCAAGCAUCUCUUCCUCCAGUUCCAUCAGCACGAUGUGCGAUGGUCUCAGGAGUCUUGCAAACAUCUACGAUGGUCUUGAAGAGAUUAUUUGCCUACCAAGCAACCAAGUUUGCUCCUACCAGCAGAGGAAGAUGUUGGAUGGAGAGAUGGGAUGCUCUGUUGAGCUGUUAGAUCUCUGCAGCAACAUGCAAGAGACCUUCGCCGAGAUGGUGGUCAUCAUCCAAGAGUUGCAAGCAGCUCUAAGGAAAAGAGAUGAUGCAGCUGCUCAAGCCAAGAUCCAGUGUUUUACUCGCUUGGCGAAGAAGGCCAGGAAACAUUUCAAGAAGUCUGCCAAGAAACCUGCAUUCGACAAGAUGGUCAUGCUAUUGACCAAGGCAAGAGAGAUCAGCAUCUCUCUGUUGGAGUCCACACUCCAUCUCUUGUUGAAGCAAAUUGAAGUGCCAAAGCCGUCUCUUGUCUGCAAGGCAUUUUACAAGAAGAAGGCAACUGUCCGCAAGGAGGAGCAAUUGCAGGAGUUAGAGUGCAGUAUCGAAGAUCUUCAGAAUGGAGCAGGAGAUCUGUUCAGGAAAUUAGUCCAGAACAGAGUUUCUCUUUUAAACAUUCUUAGCUCAUAGGUAGUCCACAUCACUCUACUCCCUGUGAUUGGCAUGCGCCUUUUUGAGGAUGAGCCGAUCUAGAUACAGUUUUGCCAUAUGUAUAGAGUACAAAUGUACAGAAAUUAGAGAAACAAAGACCAAAGUUCUGAUC